CUUCGUGCCCCCACCCCCCAGGCUGCUGAAUGAGAGUGACAAGCGCCCCUUCAUUGAGGAGGCCGAGCGGCUCCGCAUGCAGCACAAGAAGGACCACCCGGACUACAAAUACCAGCCUAGGCGGCGGAAGAAUGGGAAGGCGGCCCAGGGGGAGGCCGAGUGCCCUGGCGGGGAGGUGGAGCAGGGCGGGGCGGCUGCCAUCCAGGCCCACUACAAGAGCGCCCACCUGGACCACCGGCACCCAGGAGAGGGCUCCCCGAUGUCAGACGGGAACCCUGAGCAUACUUCAGGCCAGAGCCACGGUCCGCCCACCCCUCCAACCACCCCAAAGACGGAGCUGCAGUCCGGCAAGGGCGACCCCAAGCGGGACGGGCGCGCCCUGGGGGAGGGCGGGAAGCCCCACAUCGACUUUGGCAAUGUGGACAUCGGCGAGAUCAGCCAUGAGGUGAUGUCCAACAUGGAGACCUUUGACGUGGCCGAGUUGGACCAGUACCUGCCGCCCAACGGGCACCCAGGCCAUGUGGGCAGCUAUUCGGCAGCCGGCUAUGGGCUGGGCAGCGCCCUGGCUGUGGCCAGCGGACACUCUGCCUGGAUCUCCAAGCCGCCAGGCGUGGCUCUGCCCACAGUCUCGCCACCUGGUGUAGAUGCCAAGGCCCAGGUGAAGACGGAGACCUCGGGGCCCCAGGGGCCCCCGCACUACACUGACCAGCCGUCCACCUCCCAGAUAGCCUACACCUCGCUCAGCCUGCCCCACUACGGCUCCGCCUUCCCCUCCAUCUCCCGCCCCCAGUUCGACUACUCUGACCAUCAGCCCUCGGGACCCUACUACGGCCACUCGGGCCAGGCCUCCGGCCUGUACUCAGCCUUCUCCUACAUGGGGCCCUCGCAGCGGCCCCUCUACACAGCCAUCUCUGACCCCAGCCCCUCGGGCCCCCAGUCCCAUAGCCCAACACACUGGGAGCAGCCAGUAUACACAACGCUGUCCCGACCCUAGAGGGGGCUCUGGCACCAGCCCCACCAGGCCCUGCUGGGCACUGACCCCUCCCGCCCUUGCUUCCUGUGCCUUGUCCAGCUGGGGCUUGCAGGUGGCUGGAGGCCUGCCCUGUGAUCCCUCCCUGCCCCGUCCAGGUGCCGGCCUGGGCAAAGCCCUGGCAGCUAGUUUGGACCAAGGAGAUGGAAGCUGACCAGCCCCCCUCCCCAACCUCCAGACUGCAAGAAUGAGGGCUGCACCUUCCUCCCCCAAGAAUGACCCUCAACCUCAGAGCCUGACAAGGGCCCGCCCACCGCCCAGAGGGAGGAGGGGCAUCCCGGGUUGGACGGAUGGCAGCUGGAGGCUUUGCCACUACUAGGCACAGGGACCGAGGGGCCGGACUUGGCCCUGUGCCACGUUACCUGGGGGCCAGGCCAACCAGAGACAUCGGUGCCCACUCGGGGGCCAAGGACUGCUCAGGGCAGCUCCACGGUGUGUGGAGGGCUGGGGUCUGAGUGGGGACUCUCCAGCCCCCUCAAUGCGCUCUCCCCGCCCCUCGUGAACACAGAAUGGAGGUGGCACAGAGCCCCGGGUCCAGUGCUGUGCCAACAGCCUCAUUCCUCACCUGAUGGAGAGACAGUGCCUGUCGCCCUUGGGCCAGCCUCCCAGCCAGGUAGGCAAGGGCCCCAGGGACACAUUGAGAGACAAUUCCUGGACCCCCUCCCCAGGCCCCUCUUCCCUUGGUCAGGCUUGCAGGCCCUGCUCUGUCAGCCCCAAGGCCCCUGGUUCCCCACAAGUUCGAACUGCUCAGGCCCCCAGUGGCUGACAGGCGGCCGAAGCCACUAAAGCCCUCCACAUACUUUCUGCCCCCUCACCCUCCGCCUCCCAGUGGUACCUGAAUAAAAGUGUAGCUCUGCCCACCCCCUUUCCUGUUCUCAGACCCCUCGCUCCACAUGUAACUCAUUACUGUCCCCCUCUUAUUUAUCUCAGUAGCCCCCUCCCGUCCUGCUACUCCAGCCCCCAUUAACCCCGCAUUAAGCAUUCCACGUAAUAAAAGUAAAGGUUCCUUA